AUAGGGCUAGUUCUGGAGUUGCUGCAGGAAAUUUCCAAAAUAACAAAACAGGUAAUAGAAGCAAUCCCAUGCCCUUUUUAAACCUAGUUCCUCUCUAGGAGGAGGCAGCAGUGCAUUUGCAAAGUUUCUCUCCCAGGCACCUCUGUCCCUCAGCCUUUUGCUGCAGGAGGACUCCUCCGGUAUUUUCAUUCACAGAGAGAGACUUCCCUGGCUGCUGUAGGAGGAGGCAGCUGAAAGCAUAUGCUAAACAAACACUUUCAUUAGGGCUUGUCCUUGCUAGAGGCAAAUGGAGUGUUGAUGGUCUGAGCCACUCCUCUAACGUCAAUGAGCCAUCUCCUUCUCUGGGUGAUGUCAGAGAGGCCUCGGCGCUCAGACAGGAUUGGCUGUGUCUGGCUCGCAGGGGUUGGCUCAGCCGAAAGGUGAAUGUGCAAGGAAGCAGCUGUGUGGAGGUGCGUGCAGUCAGAGUGUCUGCAGCAAGCGCAGACAGUUGGGCUGUUUCUAAGGCAGAGAGGAGUUUUCUCCUUCCAAAGAUAGAUAAUAGUAAUAUAACAGAGCAAGCUAGCAGCAGGGGCUAGCUGUUUUGGGGAAGGAUCCCUGAAUUUGUUAUCCAUGAAGGCUUGGGACUUAAGGGAGGAGACAGGGAUUGUGAAAUCGGCUGUUCUUUUUCCUGAACUGUGAGUGAGCUCGUGGGACACCUGAGAGCUGCCUGCUAUGCCAACAGAAAUCUCUCACGCGGUGAGAAUGCAUGCCAUCUCUGGCUUCCAUUCCUCGCUGACAGUGCGACUGCUCAACAAGGGCCCCGAAUACCUUCGCAAGCAGAUGGAGGCGGGCAACCCGGGCCGGAAAAGCGCCGUGGAAAGACUGGCAGCAGACAAGGCCAAGUAUGUCAAAAGCCAGCAGGUAAUCAACACUAAGCAGGAGCCGGUCACCGCACUCAGCUCAGCUUCCGAGAGCAGCAGCAGUGAGAGCACCUCCGUGGAGAGCAAGAAAGUCAACAAUCACCUGCCUGAGGAGAAGAGUGCCACAUCCAACAUGAACAACGCCAUGGAUCCCAGCCCCCUUCCGCUUGAGCGUGGUGACCUUCCGAUCGUGAGGCGCAGCAGUGCCAAGAGGCAGAUCAGGCCGGACUCUUUGGUGAUCUAUCGCCAGAAAUGUGAGUUUGUGAGAGGUCAAAGCCACGAGAGCGCUCGUGGGAGUCUGGUCCGAAGGCUGUUCCCGAGUCCUUUCAAGGAAAAACCGUCGCCUUCUGAGGCAGCCAAGGCCAUUCUGAAGGAAGAUAUUGCUGACCCUGAAACAGAAGGGUCCAUUUUGGUCAAAGGUACAAGCCAAAACUCUGAUCUGGCAGGACACAAUGCUCCCCCAAACACAGGCCCAGCAACCAUCCUCACCAGCAGAUGUGAAAACGCCUCAAAUUUGACGGUAGCCCCUCAUGAGAUCAAGGAGGCGAGGCGGAAAGGUCUGCACCGGUCCCAGUCGGACAUUAGUUCUCGGUAUUCGAAAUCUUUCUCCGAGUUUGACACGUUCUUCAAGUACUGUGGCCUGGACACUGAGGUCAUAGAGGACCUUGGCCAAGAGAACUUUUCAGUGGCUUCUGACAACUUCUCCUUCCGUAUCCGCAGCAUCAGUGUGGCAACGUCGGAAAGCGACUUCACGAGGCACAGCGGCGACGAUGGGCUCCUGGAAGAAGAGCUCACAGAACAGGUCCCUACUGGCACGUCAGUAAUUGAACGCAAUGCUCGGAUAAUCAAAUGGCUGUACACAUGUAAGAAAGCCAAGGAGGCUAAGACCAUGCUAUAGUACCUCUGAAAACAUCAUUGCCAGAACGGAGGAAUUCCCCUGAGAUGGAGGCUGGGAACAUGGACUUGUAGCAAAAUGGUGGAAUACGGACUUGUGGCAACCAUUUCUAUCAUGGUUCCUCACCUGCACAAGUGAGUCCUAUGAGACGACUGAACCGCAAAUUAAAAAGGGAAUCAAUACCAGCGCCUGGAAAAGAAGGAACAGCCAUAGCUAAAUGGUGAAGAAUCAGAAGUCGUUGCCCCAUAAUACCAACUUACUGAAGGGGAACAGAGAUGCUGGUCUGCACACGGAAUUUAUCUGACGCUCAAUCUUCUAGCGAAUCAGAAACCGAGAGUUGGUAACCUCUGAGUGUCUUUUCACAGAAGGCAAUGUCCUAGAUUAGUAUCACUUCUGUUACAGCAAAUUGCAUGUGCGCUGUUAGGCGUGAGGAACAUAAUGCCAUGUGUUCAUGCUGUGGGAAACUGCACUGAACGGUGGUUUCCUAACGAAUAAACACAUCAUGCGCACAUCUGGCAAAAUAGGCAUAUGUGCAGCUGCCCAAUGUUCAUGGUGAUUUUCUACGUGGGAAUGACCUUUGGCGUGAAGUUUCCCUGAAGUUGGGAUUCUGGUGACAAAACCUCCACCUUCAUUUGUAACAGGAAACUGCUUUCCUAAACAAUGUCUCUCAAGUGUA